AUGAAGGGUACAACGUUGGUUAUGCUAUCUUGUGUUUCCAUAUGUUUCAUUCUGAGUCACGGUAAAGACGGGGACUGUUAUGAUCAAAUCCCAUUUCCUGGACUUUGCGGCUAUCACGCAAAGAAGAAAUGCUUCAAAGAAAUGCUUUCGAAGAACAUAACACGACGCUUUCUUAGCUGCGACUGUGCAAACUGGGAACAAGACAAGUCAGCUAAGGGAGAAGAUGAAUCACAUAUCUGCAACUGUCUCAGAGCUGUUGCCGGUGAUUGUGUCCCAGACGGAUUUGCGUAA